AUGUAUGAUUCCCGACAAUAUUCAAAGGAUCCUUCGCAUGCGUACUCUGAACCCCAGAACCUUUCUGGUGUACCACGAUCAGCUACAUCUACCAACUCCAAUGCAUUUCACUCCACAGCCGCCUUUACAAUAUCUCAGCCUCCAGGACAUCCGCUAGGAGAUUCCCAAGGUCGCGCAAGCUUGGGGUCGGAAAACAUUAAAGGCCGUCCACAGCGGUAUUUGCAGGAGACCCAGCAGGUAAUUCACCGGGAGAACGCAAGAGAACAACUGCGAGAAGACUUGCAAGAUAGCCAGCAAGGGAACCCACGGGGGUUCACCUCGCGUACUAUGUUUUCUAUGGCUCCGUUGGCGGCAUCGAUUCCACUUGCUUCACUGGCUCCUGCCACUCAAAUUUCUCAUAUAACUCCGGUGGGCGUGGGCCCUAGAGGUCCUCUACCUCAUAUGGAUUCACUGCCCUCUGUGUCCCAUAUGUCUUCUAUGGGAUCGCUGGUUCCACCCCCUCCACUGGGAACUCAAUCCCUGGACACUUCAUUCAUUCGUCUAAAUGAAUCUACAAAGUCUGCACCCAAAAGUUCAUUUGAUAUAUCAGGCACAGGCGUGCACGGCCUCUCUCCAUCGUUAUCGCAAAAUAAUGUCAGCGACGGAGGCAUCAGCAACGGCAAUGCGUACGGCGCGAACGGUAAUGCGAACGGCGCUGGCGCGGGAAAACCUCGACGGGGCCCCUGGUCUCCCGACGAGGAUAAACAGCUUUUGGAGCUGGUAGAAACGUUUGGCGGUGAAAAAAAUCUCAACUGGGUUAAAAUCUCUCAGUUGCUCGAAACUCGAACUGCCAAGCAGGCGCGUGAACGGUACCACCAGAAUUUAAAGCCGUCCCUCAACAAAACUCCUAUCACUUUUGACGAAGGCAAGCUGAUUGAGCAGUUGGUGAAAAAGUACGGAAAGAGAUGGGCUGAAAUAGCACGCCAUCUAAAUGGGAGAAGUGAUAACGCAAUAAAAAAUUGGUGGAAUGGUGGUGCUAAUCGCAGGAAGCGUGCGGCAACCCAGGCGAAGUCCAAGGGUAAAGUGAAAGUAAGCGGAAUAAGAAGUGAGGGAUCCGGAAACGGCCCUGCAGAGAGCGGCGGGAGUCGUGCAGGAAGUGUCUCUGGUGGUAGCAGCGGCACCGGCAGCUCAUCUGACGGUUUCAGCCAAACGCCGCAUUUCAAUACAGGAAUCUUUGGCGGCGCUGCUGGGGCUCCCGGUGGAAGCAAUUCUGCCGCCUUGUCAGCAUUGCCUCCUAGUUUGCAUUUACCCCCUCUUAGGUACGGCCGUAGUGCCUCUGUUGACAUGAGAGCCACAGGGGCUACUUCGAACCUUGAAUCCCUACCUGUGUUACGUAAACAUAAGCUACUUGAUGACUACAGUUCGGGUUCGCAUAGAAGGCACUCCGCAGCGUCUAUCAAUUCUUUAGGCUCGCAGGGUGCGCUUGCGCUUAAUCCGGCAUUUGGAUUUUCCGCGUUGGCCGAUGGCUCUCCUCUUUCGCGGCUUUCCUCACGAAACUCUUCCAUCACGGAAUAUACACCGCUCAGCAAUUUAAGCAGCGAGGGCGACUCUAUCACAUCGCGACGAUCGUCGAUGCUCGCUGCCGUGCAAUCAGCUGAGCCACCCUCCACCACGGGGCAGUUCCGAUCGCCAAGUUUUGCUCCACGGCUUUCCGUGUCAUCUGCAUCUCUGGGGGCAUCCCUGGGAGCUUUUUCACCAAGAUUACAGCAACAACAACCAAGCAUUACAACUUUGCCACCUCUUAGUUUAGCGGAGCAGCCGAUGGCUCAGGCUCCUCAGUUGAGAAAGGAUAUAUUUAAAAAAAAUUUUAGUCUCCACCCGGUGGGAUCAAUGGGCGUGACGGCUGCGGCGGGUGCAACGGGCGCGAAAGAUUUAGGAGGCAAUACAAAGGAUGCCGCUUCCAAUGCGUUUAGCGUGUCUACUGGAUCAAAUAACUCUACGGGGUCCUCGACGACCUCGGCCACUACGGCAACCACAUCUCAGGACGAUAAAAUGAGUAUUUCGUUUUUGGUCUAA